CAGACCGUCAGCGAGAGGAAGAGGCCAGAACGGCAACGGCGAGGCGCUGAGACGGUUUAGCGGCGAGUCAGGCUCUCGGGUGCAGCUCAGAAUCCCGAACGCGGGUGUCGUCGGAGCCGAGCGAGCGUUGGGACUGCGGAGCAGCGGUUGCUGUCGCCGCGGACGCCGCCGUUGCCGACCCGGAGGACGCGGCCCGGAGAGGCCUUGCAGGCCUAGCGCGGCCCGCGGAGCCCGACCAGUGUGCCGUGAGUAAACCCAGCGCCCUCUGCACAGUCGCUUACCAGUUAAGAUGGAGGAGAUUUCGUUGGCCAACCUGGAUACUAACAAGCUGGAGGCCAUCGCCCAGGAGAUCUAUGUAGACCUGAUAGAGGAUUCCUGCCUGGGAUUCUGCUUUGAGGUGCACCGGGCAGUCAAGUGUGGCUACUUCUACCUGGAGUUUGCAGACACUGGUAGCGUGAAGGAUUUUGGCAUUCAGCCAGUGGAAGACAAAGGAGCAUGCCGCCUCCCUCUCUGCUCCCUUCCUGGAGAACCCGAGAGUGGGCCCCAGACGGAGCUGCAGCGUUCACCUCCAGAAUUCCAGUAGUCACGACAUGAGGGAGGGCGACAGUGACCAGGACAAUAAUAUAGACUGGUCCCGUGGCUUGGAGGAAUAAGCUAAGUUGGAGAGAAAAUAAAUAAUAAAAGAAAAAGCAAACAAAAGUCCCAUUUCCCCUUAAAGAUCUUAGCAUUCAAAUACAAAAACAAGAAGACAGAAACAACAACAACAAACCCCCCCAAAAAAGGAGAAUUUAGGAAUCCGGGUCCAUUUGAAAGGGUAUCCAGUGCCAGCCCUGAAAUCCUGCACAGGAGAAGGUCCAGAGGUGGCAUGCUGUAUUUUGAGCUCUAUAAAUACACGUGGAUGUACAAGAUCCCUGAACUGCCCUUAGUACACAGGUGAGCAGCUGUGUACCCAGCCUAUAAAAUUCUUUUGUUUCUCAGAAUUUGCAUCUGCUUGAUGUCAAGGGCCUCCUGGGAAGUUUGGAUGCUGUUGAUGGUCAGGCCUUGAUAAGUCGUGAUAAGUCGGCUUCAGUGGACUGCUCUGAUUUCUAAGCCUCCAAUUGGGCCUCUUUGAUACAAAUAGAAGUCAGGUAUGAGACUUUAAUACUAAAAAUAUUAAUUCCCUUUUGAAUUUGGUGGGAAUCCCUUGUGCCCUUGUCUACAAGAAGUUCAGAAUCACCUGUUAUCCAAAGGUCCAGCAUUUUGUGGGGACAAGGCCUCGCCUUUGACUCAUCAAAAGACUUGUCUUUCCAUUCCACUGAGUGGCAAAGAUUUGGCAAAGGACAAGGUGGUUUACAAACAGCUGAAGAUUUUGUUUUGAUGCUAUGAGGAUGAAGUAUACCUCCAUGAUUGCAUAUCAUCUCCACCUGGAAGACUCCUGUCUUGAAUUAUAUACUGUGGACAUAAGUUUGGUGGGACAGUCUUUUCCUACUUUUGAGUUACUGGUGAUGUAACCAGCCCAUGGGUCUGACUUGAUCAUUAUGACAGGUCACUGUUCUCCAGUGGUACCACUGAACUACAGAAGGACAUCAUGGCCAAGCAGGAAGCUGUUUGAAAAUUGAGCCAGGAGGGAACUUUUUCCAUCUUCCUUCAAUAAUGUGAAUGAGUUUAGUGCUAAGAUCCCUGAAACAGGCCUGUUUUACCUGGUAUGGUUGCAGAUUCCCUUCUUCAAUUGGGCAGUCAGACCUCUGCUAUGAUGAAUAAGACUGUCUCCACCUUCUCUGCCCUCACAAAUGGCAGUUCUGUCACUUGGUCCUCAGGACCUCCUUACAGCAGGGGCUGUGUUUUUGUUGUUGUUGUUGUUGGAAGUUGAAAGGUUGGGAAUUUCCUGACUUUGGAGGCAGGGUUAGACAUAAACAGGAAGUGAGUGGCAUAUCAAAACUGUUCUGUAUUAGUCCCUAAAUGGGGGUUUAUGGAGGGUGGGAGUCCUGAGGUGAGCAGAAAAGAAAGGUGCUGCUUUAUUUGAAAUGUUUUCUUACCUCAUUCUGUGCCCCAGUAAAGGGUCCAACCUCAUCUGUUUGGCUUGGCCCUGUUCCUGUCACUGCUCCACUGCCUAUCUGGUGCAGCUCAUGAUCCCAGGUGCUGCUUGCCACUCUAGGUUUUAUCUUGACCAGUUUCAGCUCAUCUUCCAGUGCACCUGCUCUGAAGCCUACACAAGUUUUCUUUUUCCUUUUGUUUUGUUGUCAUUUUCUAACUUUUUACGUUCUUAUGUUAGUUUUGUUUUACCUGUUUUUAGGGAAGCCUUUGAGGAGAAUCUCAUGGCUCCCUCUGUUUGGAUUGGAAUAACGAAAAAAAAAAUUCUUUUUUAAAUUUACAAGGCAGUGUCAUGUCUAAGUGUUUCUCUUAUAUAAGCCUGCCUUGCUGGUAUAUCUCCCUGCCUUGUCAAAAGUUUUCUUCCCAUUGCUACUUGGAUACUGCAGAACCAUGAAUGCUAGCAUACACAGGAAGGAGAUGGUUCUGCUCCACUUUUCUAUCCUUAUUGUGUAUGUAUCUUCCUUCUCCCAAGAGCUAUUUGAACUGUGUGGACUAAUUUGGAUUACUUUACUCAAGAGUUAAGGAAACUAUAGUUCUUGGGCCUUGAGACUAUCUGUUAUUGCCUUCUCAGAGUUUUACAGCUCAGGGUUGAGGCCUAGUUACAGUUUAGAUCUUUAGUCCAAGAAUUGUGAGAACUUGAAUAACACCUUGGCAGAAGCUAAAAACACUUUUAGAAGAUACCUUGCUACAUGAGUUCUUUUAAAACCUUCAAUGAAUUCUGGG